GCUGAAUUGUCACCUGGAGCAAUUCCAACAGCUUCCCACGGCCCCGACAUGCACUUUUGCUUAUUAACCCCGCGGCUCUCUCUCCAAUGGGUACGUGCUCAAGCUCAUAUGAACUCAUCAUGGCGUUCAUCUGAAGCAACAUAUAAACCGCCCAUCAGUCCUCUCCUUACCUCAUCAACCACACUUCUUCCACUGCAGUUCAUCGCCUUUUCUUCUCCUUCAUACAUUUUCUCCUCUUCUUGAGAUUGACACCACAUCACCAGCACUCAAACACAAUGACAUCAAUAGAAGCGCCCAUUCUCAUCCUAGGCGGCACAGGCACCGUCGGCUCCCGCAUAGCCUCCCAGCUCGCCUCCCAAGGAAUUCCCACCCUCAUCGCCUCCCGCAACCCCCCUCCAUCAUCUUCCCUUUCCCACGUCAACUUCGACUGGGACGACCCCUACACCUGGGAGCCCAUCUUCCUCAGCAAGACAAACAGCACCGAAGGCACCACCACCGAACCUGAACAAGCCCAACAGUCCUCCAAACCCCAACCUGCCCCCCAGCCAAUCAAAUCAAUCUACCUCGUCGCCCCCCCAUCCCUCUCAGGCGACCGCCCCAUGAUUGAGUUCAUCGAAUUUGCCCGUUCCCGAGGUGUGCACAGGUUCAUCCUCCAGUCUGCGUCCAGCAUCGAAGCCGGUGGGCCCUUGAUGGGCAAAGUCCACGCUUAUCUCCGGGAGUUGGGGCAAAGAGGGGAUGUGGAGUGGGGGGUGUUGAGGCCGACCUGGUUUCAGCAGAAUAUUGCUGAGCAGCCUACUCACAAGGAGUCGAUCAGGAGUGAGAGCAAGAUUUACAGCGCGACCGAGGAUGGAAAGAUACCGUGGGUGAGUGCGGAUGAUAUUGCGAGCGUGGCGGUGAGGGCGUUGACGGGGGAGGAGGCGCCGAAUACCGAGUGGAUGGUGUUGGGGCCGGAGCUGUUGAGUUAUGAUGAGAUUGCGGAAAUACUUACCGAGGUGCUGGGGAGGAAGAUUGUCCAUGUUGACCUAUCGUCUGCUGAGCUUGAGAAGAGACACGCACGGUUUGGGAUGCCGGAGGAGUACGCGAGGAUGAUGAGUGCGAUGGACACGGCAAUCAAGUUUGGGGCCGAGAAUAGGACGAAUGAUGUGAUUUUUAGUGUGACGGGGACGGCGCCAAAGAAGUUUAGGGAUUAUGCUAUGAGUGUGAAGGAUGUGUGGGAGACGAGGAUGGAAGGUAUGGGUCUUGAGGGGAAGGCGUGAGAGUGGUUUUGGAACAGUAAUGGCACAGUAUAAGUUUAUGGGUGGUAAUUCGACGGUAUGAUCAAUGUGCUUGACUUGGCAAAUCGGGCGUGUCUAUGAGGUCUACAAGAGCCCCUUCCCGGAUUUAGGAUCGCGUUCCAGGGAAUAUAGCAAAUGUGAACCUGAACAAGGGCA